AUGAUUAGUACAAACACAACAAUAAAAGACUUUGUGAUACUUGGAUUCCCAGGACUCGACCCAACAUAUUAUGGACCUGUAUCUACUCUUCUUUUCUUCACCUACUUGGCUAUUCUUGUUGGAAAUAUUUUUAUUUUAGUUUUUGUUGGAGUUGAGAGGACUCUGUAUAAACCAACGUAUCUGGUGUUCUGUCAUCUGGCAAUGAAUGAUUUGUUAUUUGGGACAGUGACCUUACCGAAAAUAAUAUCCAGAUAUUGGUGGGAUGAUAAGAUAACAUCUUUUGCUGCCUGCUUCACUCAGAUGUAUUUUGUUCAUUCCCUUGGAGCAAUUCAUUCUCUCCUCCUGCUGAUUAUGGCUCUUGAUCGUUUUAUUGCCAUUUGUUUUCCUUUAAAAUAUCCUGUUCUCAUUUCAAACAAGAUUAUUUCUUUGUCUUGCGGGUUGUCAUGGAUUGGGACAUUUCUUAGGAUGAUGGGAAUUGCAUUGCAUGCCCUGACUUUGCCUUAUUGUGACUCUAACAUCAUUGUGCAAUGUUAUUGCGACCACAUUUCAAUUACUAACAUGGCAUGUGGUGGAGAUGUGAAAUAUGUUAAGACUGUUGCUGUUACUUUUGCAAUGUUUAGUCUCUUGCUUCCAAUUUCAUUUAUACUUUUUUCCUAUAUUUCCAUCUUUGUGGUUGUUUUGAGAAUGCAAAACAAGGAGGGACGAUACAAAACCUUAUCAACUUGUACACCACAGUUAUUUAUCUCUUGCCUCUAUUACCUGCCGAGAUGUUUUGUUUAUCUAGCUCAUAAUACAGGAUUCACUUUCAGUCCUGACAUCCGCAUUUUAUUGGUACUGUUGUACAGUCUUAUUCCUUGUGCAGUUAAUCCAAUCAUAUAUUGCUUUAAAACCAAAGAUAUAAAAGAUAUUUUGAUGAAGAGACUGAAAAAUGUUAAAGUUGGAAUUAAGUAA